UAAGGGCUUGUUUGUUGUCAGCCUUUGUCUAUCCAUCAACAGAAGAGUAGUGGAGGGGACGCAGAGCGUACAGUCAAAAAAGCUGUUAUCAUAGGCCUUCCUCUUGGCAUCCCCAGCCCUCGCUCACUCUCUACUCCACUCUCUUCACUUCUUGCAUAGUUGUUUUUGUUGGGUUUCAAGUACGAUGGAUAGUCUCUUGAAGGAUUUCGAUAUCCCGGCUAAGAACCCAUCGGAGGAGGCACAAAGGAGGUGGAGAUCCGCCGUCUCCAUCGUCCGGAACCGCCGCCGGCGGUUCCGCAUGGUGGCGGAUCUGGUCAAGAGAUCUGCUGCCAAGACCAAGAUUCUCAAAACCCAGGAACAAUUUCGAGUUCUCCUUUAUGUUCAAAAGGCAGCGUUCAAGUUUCUUGAUGCUGCUGGUCCAGGUGAUGUUGAACUAUCGGAAGAAGCUAGAGCAGAAGGAUUUAGAAUCAGCCCAAAUGAACUUGCACGGUUUGUUCGUAGCCAUGACGUCAAGGCGUUGGAAUUCGUUGGAGGAGUUGAGGGAGUUGCAGCAAAAGUCAAGGUCUCAUUGGAUGAAGGUGUUAAAUCAAGUGACAUAUCCACCAGGCAAAAGGUCUAUGGCUUCAACAAAUAUACAGAGAAACCUUCCAGAAGCUUCUGGCUGUUUGUAUGGGAUGCGCUGCAAGACAUAACCCUUAUAAUGCUUAUGGUUUGUGCGGUAGUUUCCCUAGGAGUGGGGCUUCCCACAGAAGGGUGGCCGGAGGGAAUGUAUGAUGGUGUGGGAAUCAUGAUCAGUAUAUUUCUGGUAGUUAUUGUUACAGCAGUUAGUGACUAUAAGCAAUCCUUGCAAUUUAAGGAUUUAGAUAAGGAGAAGAAAAAGAUUAUGAUUCACGUCACCAGAGAUGGGUAUAGGCAGAAGGUCUCCAUCUAUGAUUUGGUAGUAGGAGAUGUGGUUCAUCUAUCCAUAGGGGACCAGGUUCCGGCCGAUGGGAUAUUUAUAUUCGGAUACAGCUUGUUGAUUGACGAAUCAAGUUUAUCUGGCGAGAGUGAGCCUGUAAGUGUUUACAAAGAGAAACCUUUUCUUCUCGGGGGAACCAAGGUGCAAGAUGGGUCAGGGAUGAUGUUGGUGACUACAGUUGGUAUGAGAACAGAAUGGGGUAAGUUGAUGGAGACUCUUGGUGAGGGGGGAGAAGAUGAAACCCCACUUCAGGUGAAGCUAAAUGGUGUUGCCACCAUAAUAGGUAAAAUUGGUUUGGGUUUUGCCAUUGUGACAUUUUUGGUGCUGACCAUAAGGUAUCUUGUGGAGAAAUAUUUUGACAAUGAAAUCACAAAUUGGUCUUCUAGUGAUGCUCUCAAGCUUUUGAAUUACUUCUCCACUGCCGUAACCAUCAUAGUUGUGGCGGUUCCGGAAGGACUACCGUUGGCAGUUACAUUGAGUCUUGCCUUUGCAAUGAAGAAAUUAAUGAGUGAAAAGGCACUUGUGAGGCAUCUUGCAGCGUGUGAGACUAUGGGGUCCGCUACUUGCAUUUGCACAGAUAAGACUGGAACGUUGACAACAAACCAUAUGGUGGUUGAUAAGGUAUGGAUAUGUGGAAAAGCAAAAGAAGUAAAACAUAGUGAAGGUGGAGAUACAUUGCAUUCGGAUGUAUCAGAAAAGGUUUUAUCCAUCCUCUUGCAAGCUAUAUUUCAAAAUACAGGCUCUGAGGUGGUUAAAAAUAAAGAGGGAAAAAAAUCCGUUUUGGGUACACCUACUGAAUCAGCCAUAUUGGAAUAUGGGUUGCUUUUGGGUGGUGAUUUUGAUGCUCAACGCCGGGAGUUUAAGAUACUAAAAAUUGAGCCUUUCAAUUCUGUGAAGAAGAAGAUGUCUGUGCUUGUGGCUCUUCCGAAUGGCAGCCUCAGAGCAUUUUGCAAAGGUGCAUCUGAGAUUAUUUUAACAAUGUGUGAUAAAAUUGUUGACAUCAACGGAGACUCUGUUCCUAUGUCGGAAGAACAGCCAAGGGAAAUUACAAAUGUCAUAACCAGUUUUGCCUGUGAAGCUUUGAGAACUCUCUGCUUGGCGUAUAAGGAUAUUGAUGAUGGUUUUGAUGGAGAGAGUAUCCCGGAUAGUGGAUAUACGUUGGUAGCAGUUGUUGGAAUCAAGGAUCCAGUCCGCCCAGGUGUCAGGAAGGCAGUUGAAACGUGUUUGGCAGCUGGGAUUACCAUUCGGAUGGUCACUGGUGAUAAUAUCAAUACGGCUAAAGCAAUAGCUAGAGAAUGUGGUAUCCUCACUGAAGAUGGUUUGGCAAUAGAAGGACCGGAUUUUCGUAGCAAAUCUCCCGAGGAGUUGAAGAGUAUAAUACCAAGGAUUCAGGUAAUGGGUCGGUCAUUGCCUUUAGACAAGCACAAGUUGGUAACCAAUUUGAAGAGUAUGUUUAAUGAAGUGGUUGCAGUUACUGGUGAUGGGACUAAUGAUGCUCCGGCUUUGCAUGAGUCGGACAUUGGACUUGCCAUGGGCAUAGCAGGAACUGAGGUUGCGAAAGAAAAUGCUGAUGUGAUCAUAUUGGACGACAAUUUUGCAACUAUAGUAAAUGUAGCCAAAUGGGGUCGCUCAGUAUACAUCAAUAUUCAGAAGUUUGUGCAAUUUCAGUUGACUGUCAAUGUCGUUGCGCUGAUGAUCAAUUUCGUUUCUGCAUGCAUCACAGGAUCCGCUCCUCUUACGGCUGUGCAGUUGCUUUGGGUAAACCUAAUCAUGGACACUCUAGGUGCAUUGGCACUGGCUACAGAACCACCAAAUGAUGGACUUAUGAAUCGACCUCCGGUAGGGAGGGGAGUUGGUUUCAUUUCCAAGACUAUGUGGAGAAAUAUAAUUGGUCAGAGUAUUUAUCAGCUGGUUGUUCUAGGAGUUCUCAAUUUUGAUGGGAAGAAUAUUCUGAGACUUGAAGGGUCAGAUGCUACUGAAGUUCUCGAUACCGUCAUAUUCAACACCUUUGUGUUUUGCCAGGUGUUCAAUGAGAUAAACAGCCGUGACAUUGAGAAAAUCAACAUAUUCCGUGGGAUGUUCAGCAGCUGGAUAUUCGUAGUGGUCAUGGUUUCUACCGUGGCAUUCCAGGCGAUCAUAGUCGAGUUCCUGGGCGACUUUGCAAGCACCGUGCCGUUGAGCUGGCAAUUUUGGUUACUAAGCAUUGGACUAGGAGCUGUGAGCAUGCCCUUAGCAGUUGUUCUGAAGUGCAUCCCUGUGGAGAAAGGCACUCCUAGUCGUACGCACCACGACGGCUACGAGUCCUUACCCAGUGGGCCUGGGCCUGAGAGGGUUUGAAUGGAUUGGGAGAUUUUGUUAAGCGGGUGUGCUUGGCAGUGGUGCCAAGUGGCCGAUUUGGCCGUUCAUCUUGGCACGAACGACUCGGAUCUAAUCCGAGCGCAUGAAAAUUUGGACCAUCCGUCACUCGAAUUAAGACCCAAGUCAUCGAUUGCCAAGAUGAAUGGCCAGAUCGGCCGCUUGGCACAGCUGUCAAGCACCCCGCUUGGCAGCAUCCCCAGGUCUGGGUUUGAACAAGGAGAAAGGAAAAUGCAUCAGAACAAAAUCAGCUCUACGGCCUAGUUUGUGAAAGGUAAACGCCUGUUUGGAGAUCAUAAUAAAGUUUUGUUAGCAUAAGAAUAGAACCAAAUCGAACCAAGCCUUGCGACACUCGUGUCUGAAUCGGUUGGAUUCGGCUGCAAAAUACAACCUUCUAACCUCAUAUGAUCAUGACCUGUUCUAACCUAUAGACUGUUCAGUGUUUUUGGAUCACUUUGUGAGUGAUGUUCGAGAGAUUUUGUAUUCAAGUUCAGUACUUGAAUGUUUCAAAGAAGUUUAAUCAUAUCAAGGCAUUGGAAUGUCUCAUGAAAGAAACUAGUGAAUGCCUGUUCUCGUUCAAGCAGAGGAUUUACGCUUUCUUGA